UCGCGAUAACCCUUCGUGAUUUCGCCUCCAGCUGAUCAUUAGAUAGCAGAGCUGGGGAGAUAAAACAUUUAAGACGAAGCAUCAUUUCUAACUGUACAUAUCUAUUUAUUUGAAGAAAUAAUGGCAGAUACAGACCCCAAAUCGGUGCAGGAUCUCACGGCAGUGGUGCAGACUUUGCUGCAGCAGAUGCAGGACAAGUUCCAGACCAUGUCAGAUCAGAUCAUCGGGAGAAUUGAUGAAAUGAGCACACGAAUUGAUGACCUGGAGAAGAAUAUAGCAGACUUGAUGACUCAGGCAGGAGUGGAAGAGUUUGAAGGAGGCGACAACAAGGUCAAAGAGGGAGGAGAAGCCUCCUAGUAGAGGAAGAAACUACAGACACUCUUCAGGAGCAGCAAGAUUUUCUCUAUGGUGACUAACAUGUUUUGAUUUGAUGCUUUUUUUUUUUAAAAACUAGAAGUAUGGUCAGUUCUAAUACUGUGACUGUAUUCUAGCCUUUCCCCUAUUUCUCUAAUGCAUUGCUGAAAACUUUUUAAAUCCACAAUAACCAACUGUAGAACUGAAUUUUUGUGUAACUGUAACCGCACUACCCCAAGUGCCAACCUAACACCAUUCCAAAACAGUUGAAUGUGUUGUAGAAAUAAAGUUGUUUCAUAAAA